AAGCCCCGUUCCUCACAGUGAGAUUCUGCAGCUCAUUAGUAAGUUCAGUCGAGUAAGCGCAGUAGUUUAGCUGAUCAGUUAGGGGUUAAAAAAAUAAAAAUAAUAAACAGAAAACGACCAUUGUGGUCAGUACCUCCAAACAGCCUGCCGAUAUUCUAAAAUAGAGUUCGUUUGUAUUUCACUAAGCUUUAUUUUAAGGGGUGUGUCCUCUGAAUGUAUUAUUUUGAUUGUGAACCUGACGUCAGCGGACAGCUGUGUGUACUGGCGCUUUCAGUGCAGGAUGUGCAAGGACAGCAGUCGCUACACUGACCAGGCUGUUGUGGGUUUUUUUUCGUCCGCUGGAGAGGGAGGCAGGCACUGGGCUGUGUACCUUUAAGAGAGGGCGGAGAGAGAGUUAGAGCCCCGGGCUGUGUGUUGAGCACAGCACUGAGCCUGUUUAGGUAUCUCUUCGUUUUCUCUCUUCUGUUUUCUUCUUGCACAUUUUACUGUGUUAUGUAUUAUUCAUGACUGACGCUUGGAGGCGGGGUUUGUACAAAGUAUCAAUAAUAACAGCAGUGUCGAGGAGGCGGGCACGCUGACACUGAAGAUCCAUGUCUCCUCCAGAGUCAGCCUGAAACAUGAUAGAGAUGUCAUUUGACAAAGAAACUGUUUUAUCUUGUGAGGGGCAAACAGACCCCACUUCCCAACAGCACUCAGAACUUACUAGAAAUGAUACCAGCACUCUCCAUCCAUCCGGGAACACCACAGUUAUAAACCUCACCAAAGAGGCCAGUGAAGAGGCAGGAAGUGAGACAUCACUGGAGCACAGAGAGAAAACUGCUACCCCAGAUAACAAUACUCAGAGUGAAAGUGGGGUAGUUGGGGUCGAAUCGUGUACAGAAACUCAAAAUGGCACCCAGCAGCCCAAACCUCAACAGCAGAAAGUUAAUAAGCGCCGCAGCACGAUGAGUGCUGGAUUCAAACACCCUGGUUAUGGUAAACGACGACGCCGUGCCAACUCUGAGAGCGAGUCCGUCCUGCCAACCAAUUUCCUGCUGGGCGGGAACAUUUUUGACCCACUCAACCUUAACAGCCUUUUGGAUGAAGAGGUGAACCGGGCUCUCAAUGCAGAGACGCCCAAAUCCUCGCCAUUGCCAGCCAAAAGCAGAGAUCCUGUAGAGAUCCUUAUACCCAGAGAUAUCACAGACCCCCUGAAUCUCAACUGCCCCAGUGCAGGGGACAGCAGUCCGUUGGUGUCUCCCCUGAAAAGUGGUGGAGGCAGGCGAAGACAUCGUAACAAGCACCAUGGAGCGAGCACUGGAAGAGUUUCAGGUGAAGGAAUAGUCGCACAGAUGGAUUUACCAGAGUCUAAUGGCUGUGCUGCAGGACAAGAUGAGGGAACAACAACGCUCUCCUUAACGCAUUCGCAUCCAGGCGCAGUAGCAAACACACUUGUUCUUGAGCACCAACCCCUAUCGGACUCUACUCUUGAGGCUCAAUGCUCAAAUAAGCCUAAUUUAGCCACAAAUGGCAGUGAGGUGAAGGAGAAAACCGUUGAUGCAUCAACUGCACCUUCAUCCACUAACCCCACCAACCCUCCAUCAAGCAGGCAGCGCAAACGCAGGCGUGCCGGAAACAGAUUGGAGAAUGCAGAUAGUUCAAAUAGCAUGAGAAAUUGGGGUCAGAGAUCUGGGAGACAUUUUCAGCCCUCUCACACCCCAGGAAUGGGCUCUCGCAGCGGAGCUGCAGAGAGGCCUCAACAGCAUCCAAACCAUUGGAGGCCGCAGAACAACAGCAACCAGCUCCCACAACAGACUAAAAAGAAGUUUCAUUAUGGCAACUAUAACAAAUACUAUGGUUAUAGGAACCCAGGGCUGAGCGAGGAUCCUCGUAUCCGUGUUAUGGAUCCUGAGUGGUUCAGAGGAAAGGAGGUAUUAGAUCUGGGUUGCAACACUGGCCACCUGACUCUAUCAAUCGCCAAAAAUUGGCGACCGGCAAGGAUUGUGGGCUUAGAUAUCGACGCAGCGCUGAUACAUGCCGCUCGGCAGAAUAUACGCCACUACCUCUCUGAGGUUCAAACGCAGCAGGCCCGCCGUUCUGGGGAGAAUGGGGAGGGGAAUCGAGGGGAAGGGAAGGAGAGGAUUGACGAGGAUUUAGUAGAAGAAAAGAGUCAGAGGAAAGAGAAAGACGAAGAGAGUUUUGUUGUGAAAGAGGAGAGGGAUGAGAAAAAAACAAAGCAUGUGGAUGAAGCGAAUGAAUGCAUGGUUGAAAAAGGAAUGGAAGUUGGUCGAGAAGAAAGGGAGAAUAAAACGACAGAGGCUGACCAGGGAGAAACGAGUGGGAAAAUGGAAGAUGAAACAUCGACAGGUCUCCCUGAUGGAAAGCAUUCAUUCCCUGUCUCGCUCCGGAUCUCAAGAGGACCCAUAGCUGGUCCCCCUUUGCCUGAGUUGAUCACAAACAGUCUCCCUCCUGGAGAUUUCCCUGCCAACGUGACCUUUGUCAAGGGGAACUAUGUGCUGGAAAGUGAUAUGUUGCUGCAGACACAAAGGGAAGAGUAUGAUGUGAUCCUGUGUUUGAGUGUGACAAAAUGGGUCCACUUGAACUGGGGUGAUGCAGGACUCAAACGGCUCUUCCAGAGGGUAUACAAGCACCUGCAGCCAGGAGGACUCUUCAUUUUGGAGCCCCAGCCCUGGAACUCCUAUGGCAAGAGAAAGAAACUCACUGAGACCAUCUUUAAGAAUUACCACAGCAUCCGGUUAAAACCGGACCAUUUCUCCUCCUACCUGACUACUGAAGUGGGCUUCUCCAGUUAUGAGCUCAUCGGAACGUCACAGAACUAUUCUAGAGGUUUUCAGAGACCAAUCUACCUUUUUCACAAAGGACCCUCACCUCAAAAGUGAUGCCACCAGUUCAACCACCAACUUUGAGAAGAAAACGAGACUGGAUUGGAUUUUGAAAACAACCAGCAUUUGAAGCCACUGGAACUUUAAGCAUUUUUCUUUGAUGGAAGACUUUCCAUAUUUUGAACUCUUAAAUGGAAUCUCAUUGGUGCUGAAUAAGAGAAAUUGUUCCCCUGCCUUUAAAAAUAAAGGAAAACCCAUCGCAAUAUUUUUCAAGGACUCUACUGAAGAAUUAGAGAUGCCAAUCAGAGUUUUCCCUACUCAAGCAAGCUGUUUUUACCCCUCAUAAAGAGAAUGAUCUUGUGAACAAGCACAAUGUUGAAUCCAGUCAAAUCACACAAAGUAAUUUCUAAGCUCCUGUUAAACGCUUAGAUUAAAUUUGUUUUUCAUUUGGAAUGAAAUUCCUAAAAUGCAAAUUCCUGAGCAACUGUGGCUUCCUUACUAGCACACAAAACUGGUAAACGACCAUCUAGAAUUUAAAUGUUUGGUGGUUGGGUAUGUGAACAUUAUCUUUUCUCAAAAGGAAAGAUUAGAGCAUGUUACCAGAUGUCCAGUUUUCAGAUUUUUGCUGUUUUGUUGUUGCUGCACUGUUGUAUACAAUUUAUUUUUUUUCUUUACCUUUUGAACAAAGCAUUGCUAUUAACAGUUCUAGCAUCUGUCUGCCCAUCAGCCAUUUUCCAGCCUGCAUGGCUGCCAUUUAUUAACAAAUACCAAUAGCUUAAUUUUAAGUUCAUCAAUUAUAUUGCCUGGUAUAACAUGACCGUAAUUUUGUCCUUGGCAGUUUUGAAGCUGCAGGUUAGCUGAUAUGCUAUGAUGAAGUGUUUACUGAUCUAAUGUCCCUAAUAAAAGUCCAGAAGGAUGUGAUUCCUUUUUGGUGUGGUGGGUCAUAGAGAAUGAUGUUUAAAUAUUUUUAUUAUUUUUUUUUUAAUCUGUUUUGUUUUGAUUCUCCAGCUGUUAAAGUUUAACAAAAUCCGAGGUACGUUUUGUAAAUUGUUUGUCCAGAGUUCUUGUCACAACUGAGGUAACCUUGUUGUUGUUUUAUUCCUAUUGAAAGGUUUGCACUAAAACGAGAGAAUAAAUUUGUCUCCCACA